UAGUGGCCCUGGGCAUCUCAACCAAGAGCAAAGUGAAGGCAUUGAGGUGAUGGAGGAGGUCAACGAGUGAGGGAUGGCCUGGGGACUCGCCAUGGGGCUUUGAACAUAAAUGGUUUAAAACGUUAAUGUGAACUGAGUGAACUGAUACCUCCCCUGCUGGGACACGUCCUUAUAGGAACUCAUGGAGCCAGAAGCUGGGACCAACAGGACCGCUGUUGCUGAGUUCAUUCUGCUGGGCCUGGUGCAAACAGAAGAGAUGCAGUCUGUGGUCUUUGUGCUCUUUCUCUUUGCCUAUCUGGUCACAAUUGGGGGCAACCUCAGCAUCCUGGCAGCCGUCUUGGUGGAGCCCAAACUCCACACCCCCAUGUACUUCUUCCUGGGGAACCUAUCAGUGCUGGAUGUCGGAUGUAUCACUGUCACUGUGCCUGCAAUGUUGGGUCGUCUCUUGUCCCACAAGUGCACCAUUUCCUAUGAUGCCUGCCUCUCCCAGCUCUUCUUCUUCCACCUUCUGGCUGGGAUGGACUGCUUCCUGCUGACCGCCAUGGCCUAUGACCGAUUCCUGGCCAUCUGCCGGCCCCUCACCUACAGCACCCGCAUGAGUCAGACAGUCCAGAGGAUGUUGGUGGCUGCGUCCUGGGCUUGUGCUUUCACCAACGCAGUGACCCACACUGUGGCCAUGUCCACACUCAACUUCUGUGGCCCUAACGAGGUCAAUCACUUCUACUGUGACCUCCCACAGCUUUUCCGGCUUUCCUGCUCCAGCACGCAAUUCAAUGAGCUGCUGCUCUUUGCUGUGGGUUUCAUCAUGGCAGGUGCACCUUUGGUUCUCAUCAUCACCUCCUACAGCCACGUGGCAGCUGCAGUUCUACGAAUCCGUUCAGUGGAGGGCCGGAAGAAGGCCUUCUCCACCUGUGGAUCCCACCUCACUGUGGUUUGUCUUUUCUAUGGAACAGGUAUCUUCAACUACAUGAGACUGGGUUCAGAGGAGGCUUCGGACAAGGAUAAAGAGGUUGGAGUUUUCAACACUGUUAUCAACCCUAUGCUGAACCCUCUUAUCUACAGCCUCAGAAACCCUGAUGUUCAGGGUGCUCUGUGGCGAAUAUUUUUGGGGAGGAGAUCACUGACCUGAGAGGUGAUGGGGUCCUUCCUUUCCUGCCUUUUCUGGACUGAGAAAAAUUUCCCAGUAAACAGGAAAAAUUCAGCCAGAACUAUUUCUCCUAUCUCCUGAUGCUUGAAGAUCGGUGUUACGUAUUUGUCCUACUAGGAAACGCUACAUAAUUUAUUCAUUCAACAAAUACUUAUUAGAUUACCUCUAUGAUCUGGACAGUCUUCCAAGGCAUUGGUGA